UCUCCCUUUUUUCAGAUUUCGCAUCUAUCUAAAAUAGGUGGAAAAAAUUCCAAAAAAAUCACGAUGGUAAUCAUGGGAAGAAUCAUCCAUUGCACUCUCGCAACAAAAUAUAGUUGGAAAGGAGGAAAAAGCAAACGACAAUUUUGUUUUUUUAAUGGAUUGCUGAUUGCCGUCAUUUGUGCAACUAGGCAUACUAAACAUAUAGAUACAAUGGUGUCACCUGAUGCUACUGAGAAAGAUGUUAUUACAGGUAUCAAAGAGUUUCUUCAAGAGUUUCAGUCAAUUGGCCGAGCUAAAACAUGGGAAGCAAAGCAGCAGAAUGAAAGAAAUCCAGAUCUUCAUGAACAUAUGUCUGAAACGGAAGAAACCUCUAUUUUGAAUAAAAGUGAAUGAAAGGUGAAC